AUGGAUGCGUCUUCAAAUGAUUUGGCAGUUAGCGAAAUUGAUUAUUCUGAAUUAAAUUUACGUUCCAUACAAAUCACAGUUCAAGAAUAUAUAAAAACAUUAUUCGAAAGAAUAGGAAUGGAAACGGAAUUUGUACAAAUUGCUUUAUAUAUUUGCAAUAUUAUAUUAAACGACAUAUUGGAAAGUGAAGAUAUUUUAAAUCUAUCAGUAAUUCAAAAUUAUUUUAGAAAAAUUGAAAUUGCUUCGGAUUUAUGCGUCCAACUUUGCAACGCUUUUGGUCAAAAUGUCGAUUUUGAAUUUAGAAACUUGGUUUUAAAUUUACUAAAUGGCGAUAAAUUAAAGGAAAUUUCUAAAAACAUACUGAAAUAUCAAAAAUUAAGAAGACAAAAAGAAAAAAUAUAUGCAGAAGAAGUUCAAAAGCUUUACUUGCCAAAAGAAACUUUACUGCAAGAAGCAACUGAUAAUUUUGAUAAUAAAACUGAAAUUAGAGAUGUUUUUAUUGAAACGGAGCCAUUAAACUUACAAAGUUAUUUAAAAUCAAUUAACGAAACGGAAAAUCCUACUUUUCAUAAAACAAUAGAAAACUUAACAGAUAAUCUGCAACGAGAAAUAUUUGAUUUAUCAGAUAGUUUAAAUAGUAAAUUAGUGAUUGCAGAUAUAAGUGAACCUAAAAGUGCAAGUCUAUCAAAUCCCAAUUCACCAAAAAAUGAUAUCACAAGGAAUAAUAUAAUCGAAAACCAAAUACAAAAUGGAAAUUUUUGGGAGGCCCGACAACUACUUAAUAAUUUUGACACUUUGAAUUAUAGAAUUGUAAGAAAAAGAAAAAAAUACACUUGCGUUGAUGAGAAAACCACAAUUCCCAAUUAUGCAUUUAGAGCUUUACAAUUAAACAGAAAUAUUAUAAAUGAAAGAAUACAAGUUUUUGAAGGUCCACCGAAUAUUUUACAAUCAAUGUCCGUUACACAUUUAAUGAACAAUUCAAGUUACAGAUAUUCGUUUAAUCAUUCUAAAAAAAGCUCGACCUUUACAGAACAUAAAAUAAGCUUUGGAAGACGGCAAUCAUUUCCGACAAGAGGACAUUUAUCAGAUAUAAACAUAGACAAAAGUAAAAUAAAUGAGGAAAUUGAUCAAAAUGUUGGACAGAAAAAUGUAACUAAUAAUAACAAUAUAAGCUUAUCAAUUCUGAAAAUUAGUCAGCCCAAUAUUAAACUGUUUGAUAAUGAAGUAAUUAAUGUAAUGUCUCCUAAAAAAAUGUUUGAAGGUGAUUUUCAAAUUAAUAAAGAUAUGAAUUCAAAAAGAAAUGAUUCUCCAAUGUUUUACACAUCUGAGAAAAAUCCACCAAGUAAAGAACUGACUUCAUUUCAACAUGUAAUGUCAAGAUUAGAAAAAAUGUGGCUUACAAUUCCUGAAAAUGAGUCUAAAGAAAGAAGUAUUAAACAAUUAUUUUCAUCUGAUGAUGAGUUAAAUGUAACAAACUAUCUUACUCUUCUGAGAACAUUGGACAAACUUUCGAUAAAAAAAAAAGUAAAUUUAAAAUUUGUUACAAAUGAUAUUCUCGUCGCGCCUUUCACAAAUCCGAGUAAUUCAAAAAAGGAAGAUUUCUAA